AUGUCCUCGCCCACCUAUUCCACCUAUCCCUGGGAUACUCAGUCUUGGAUACCUGAAGAGGGGUCUAAGACCAAGACUACAUGUCAGGAGGAUUUGAUCCAUGCAGACGAGGCGUACAUUUCCGCCCUGCCCGGCUUGAAGUGUGACUUCACAUUUCAAUCACCGUGUGAAGAUGACAGAAGAUGCUCGAGCAAACCUUGCACACAGAGCACAGAAAGCUAUCGGCUGAAGGAAUCAAGUGAACCUGUCCAGGUCUCGCGAGCUCGUGGAGUGAAACUCGCCAAAAGGAUCCAUAGGGACUCAUUAGUGUUCUCGACGAUGACAGCGAGUGCAAGGUUAAAUCAGUCCGCUGUGAAACUUGAAGUGCUUGCAAAAUCGCUGCCUGGUGGAAAUUGUGUUUUUGAUCCACGAGGGCGUUUGAGAUUCGAAGGGAAUUUGAGCCGCAAACGUCGCGCUAUGUCAAACAUGAUGAGCAUGUUCAUCAAAGUGCCGAGCAAAGGUGUCAAGCGAAUGAUAAACGUGUCUGUCUUUUCCAAUGGAAUGAUGUCAAUAUCUGGAGCCAAGAAUUAUGAGGAGCUGUUGUAUGUGGUAGACAAAGCUAUCAUGAGGAUUCGCAACGCCUUCACUCAGGACAGGCUUGGACGAAGGUCAUACGCUGUGUCUGCACCGGACAGGUUGGACCUGGGAAUUUUAGAAUCCGCUGAUGAAAACGGUAUUCGAAUUGAAAUGGGCAAGUUGGACUUUGAUCUGGGGAUCAGUAUCAAGCUCGAAUCUGCCUUUCAGUUUCUGGUCAGAGAUUUCAACGUCACCUAUGAGCCUGAGUUCUUUGCUGGCCUCAAAAUCAAGUCUGCUCUGAACCCGUUCAUCACCAUAGUUAUUUAUAGCUCAGGAAAGGGAUACAUGACUUGCAGCAGCCGAGCGAUGCUUGCUUCGAAAGAUGCGUCAGCUGAACUUCGCCGCGCCUACGACGCAGUCUGCAGUGUGCUGUGGUCCAACAAAGCGGAAGUGGUCAAUUUGGCUUAUUCAAAACGAAUAUUCAAGAGCUAA